AUGGCAUUUCUCUUUCAGAAAUUUUAUGAGGCUGUAAAAGUGCUCGCCAAAAGUCCCACAUUUGCUCGAGAUGGACGGCGCCUUCAGUUUGAGGCCGACAUUAAUCGUCUUUUUCUUUACACCAGCUACAAUCGUUUGGGAAAGAAUGCUGAUGAAGCAGAUGCUGAGGAGAUUAUUGAAAUGGCUAGUAAGGCCUCGCUAGCUGAGCAGCAGAAAUUGGUCCAAGAAAAUAUUCAUGCUCAAAUCAAUAACUUCUGUACAUCUAUGGACGGCAUUCUCCUUCCUGAUCCAAAUACUGCUGAUGACACAGUUACUUCACCUUCAGGAAAAAAUACUACUUCUCAACGCAGUGGUCUUAGUCUUGCUAUUGGUAGAAGUGCUUCAUUAUAUGGUCGUCCUGCCGUGCCGGAAACAAAACCACUAAAGAGUUCUGAGGUGUCACAGAAACUCAAGGAUCUCAUCGGUUACACUCUUGACAUCAAGCCAUCUCAAAUUGAGCAUGAGGAUGCUGGGCAAGGUUUAUACAUAGAUGGUGAAGCUGAUGUAGGUUCUGUAAUAGCUAUUUACCCUGGUGUGGUAUACUCACCAGCUUACUACCGUUUUAUACCUGGAUACCCGAGAGUUGAUUUGCAAAAUCCUUAUUUAAUAACAAGGUAUGACGGAACUGUAAUUAAUGCACAGCCGUGGGGUUUUGGGGGUGAAACUCGUGAAAUAUGGGAUGGCUUAAGUGUUCCAAAACCUAGAUCAAAUACGGAGCAUGCAGAAAAUGGUUCAGAUCGAAUUUUGAAGCUUCUUAGUAAACCUUUGGAUGGCACACAAGUGGGACGGAAGGGAGAAGUGUUGGAGCGGAGAAACCCUUUAGCCUUUGCUCAUUUUGCCAAUCAUCCUGCAAAGGAUAUGGUCCCAAAUGUUAUGGUCUGCACGUAUGACUUUCCACUAACUGAGAAGAAUAUGAGAACCUAUAUACCAAACAUUUCAUUUGGAAAUGGAGAGGAGGUAAAAAUGAAGAAGUUUGGUACUUUCUGGAUCAAAUCUUGGAGAUCAAGCGGCUAUGGGUCAGAAAUCCCUAUUCUCAAGACACUUGUUCUUGUGGCUACAAGAGCAAUUUGUAAUGAGGAGGUGCUUUUGAACUACAGAUUGAGCAACUUGAAGCGUCGGCCAACAUGGUAUACUCCUGUGGAUGAGGAAGAAGAUCGAAGGAGGUGGAGCUAG